AUGGCGGUCACGCUCCGCCUCGCCGCCGUGGCGCUACUAGCAGUUGCGUCCGCGGAAAAAGCCAACGGCAAGUACUCGCAGAAGCAGGCCCAGUGCCUCCUCAAGGACCGCAAGAUCGCUAUUCUAGGAGACAGCAACUCGCGCUACUGGAGCUUGAGCUUCAACCAGUUCCUGUGAAAAAGAAUGCCCAGAUGAUGAUAAAUACGCUUGCUACGAGGCGCCCUGCAAGGGCACGGGCGGCAAAUGUUCUGGUGAUGACGACUGCUGCUCCGGGCGGACGUGCUUUCCCAUCAACGGCAAGGACGGUACUUGCGAGAAGAGCUGUCCCGACGAUGAUAAGUAUGACUGCUACGAGGAGCCCUGCGCCGACAAGGGCGACCGUUGUAGCAAGGACGCCGAUUGUUGUGACUCCAACAAAUGCUUCGAGCGCACGGACGGCAAGGGUACUUGCCUGUGUGGAAACUCCACGCCAUCGAGCCGACGCGGCCGCGGGGACAACAUCGCGUCGAUGGCGUGGGGCGCCCGAAAUUUGAUUUCCACACAGGUACUUGUGAGUCAAAAUGUCCAGACGACAAGGACUACGAGUGCUACGAGGAGCCGUGUAAAGGUACCGGCGGCGGUUGCUCGAAGGACGCGGACUGCUGCGACGGCAGGGAUUGCUUCCCUACCAAAAAGGGUGGCGGGACGUGCGAGAAGAGCUGCCCCGACGACGCGGACUACGAGUGCUACGUCGAGCCGUGCACCGACGAAGGCGACCGCUGCAGCAAGGACGGGGACUGUUGUGAUUCCACCAAGUGUUUCGAGCGGAAAGACGGCAAGGCUACGUGUGAGAAGAGCUGCCCGAAUGAUAAGGAUUAUAAGUGCUACGAGGAACCGUGCGCGUCGAGCGCCGUGCAGAAAUCAAACCUGCUCGAUGGCGUCACCGCGCGACGGAGCCCGCACUGGUUGAUGUCCACACAGGGCGAGCGGAGACCGUUGCUCGAAGAACUCCGACUGCUGCGACGGUCGCGACUGUUUUGAAAUGAAGAACGGCAAGGCCACGUGUGAGCGCGAGUGUCCCAACGACAGCGACUACAAGUGCUACGUCAAGCCCACGAGGAGGCCGACCCUUGAGCCUACGAAAAGGCCUACCGCGCGGCCCGUCGCAACGCCGCGCCCUACGCAGCGGCCCGUCGCGACGCCGCGGCCCUCGAAGCAGCCGACACGCGAGCCGACACGGGAGCCUACUAGACGUCCGACCGACAAACCUACCGCGCGCCCCGUGCCGCGGCCCACCUCGAAACCCGACUCGCCCUGCCGCAACGGGCGCAAGGACGGCGACGAGACUGAUGUCGACUGUGGUGGUAGUCAGUGCGGCCCGUGCGAGGAGGGCGACAAGUGCCGCCGCGACGACGACUGCGAGGAGCCCACCGACUGUAUCAAUGACCGAUGCCGGUUCCGGCCCUCGCCACGGCCCACGAAGGAGCCCACGCGCGAGCCUACGAGGAAGCCCGUGGCCCAGCCGAACCCCACGAGGCCUCCUACGAGAGAACCUACGCGCGACCCUACCCGGCGGCCCACAGAUAAGCCGACCGCUCGGCCAGUGCCGCGCCCCACCUCGCCGCCCGAGAGCCCGUGCCGGAACGGCAUCAAAGAUGGCGACGAGACCGACGUGGACUGCGGCGGGCGCGAUUGCGGGCCCUGCGAGCGGGGCGAUCGCUGCAAGAAUGGAGACGACUGCGAGGACCCGCUCGCGUGUAUUGAUGACCGGUGCGUGUUCCCGCCGACGCCGGAGCCGACGAAGGAGCCGACGGACCGGCCUGUAGCGCCACAGCCGGACGACGACGACGACGACGACGACGCGCCAAGCGACGACGGCCCGAGCUGCGCCAAUGAUCAGAGAGACGGCGACGAGACAGAUAUAGAUUGUGGCGGCCCGACCUGCGACCCGUGCCGCCUCGGCCGCGACUGCGCUAUCGACGGAGACUGCGAGUCCGGCCUUUGUGAUGGCGUGUGUCGAAGGGUCGUGGCGCCGUCACCACCACCGGAAGAGCGCACGUGCCCGCCGCGCAUGGAACUUGUAUCACGAGACGAGUGCCCGGCGGACCCCGAUGCAUUGCCGCGCUGUGCCGCGUUCGUGAUGAACGAGAUGUGUCUCGGGGACGGGACCUGCGGUACAGAUGAAAACGCCGGCAACUGUAUCAAGCAGAGACGGCGCCUCCAACAGGGCGAGCCCGUCGCCGUCUACCGCGCAUUACCUGGAAGUGGUAAGUCGAAGAAGAAGGGCGACUCCAUGCCGGGAUAUGGUAUAGCGCUCCUCGUCCUCUUCUUGCUAACUCUAACGUGCCUCUGCUGCUGCUUCGUCGCCUACGCGUUACGGAACCCGUCGCGGAACCGCACAGAUAUAAAACCGAGAAACUUGGAGCCCAUGAAGGGGCGGCGCGGUUCCAAGCACCGCCGCCGGUCGCACCACGGCCAUCUGCCGCGCGACUACCUCGACGCGCCGCCGCCUUACAAGACGGAGGAGUCGCUGCAUUUUGUGGAGGAGUCGAAAAUAGAGCCUCAACAGUCGUACGUCGAGGCCGAGCGGCGCGGCCGGCGCGCGGCCGAGCGGAAUCCCAUGAUGGCCGAGCGCGCGGUCGCGGACCUCGACGAGCCUUACGCGGAGCCACGCCGCCCGGAGCCGCGCCGCCCGGAGCCGCGGCGGCGCUCGGACCUCGACGAGCCGCGUCACGCUGAGCCGCGUCACGCGGAGCCGCGCUACGCCGAGCCGCGCUACGCCGAGCCGCGUCACGUCGAGCCGCGUCGCCCGGAGCCGCGCUACGCCGAGCCGCGUCACGCCGAGCCGCGGCGGUCGGGCGUCGGCGACGCGAACUACUGGCGCGACCGGGCGCGGGCGGCGGGCGCCGCCGCCGCCGCCGGCGCGGCGUACUACGGGCGCGACGACGAGCACCGGCGCACGGCGAGCCCGCCGCAGCGCGCCGUGGCCUACCGCACGGAGAGCCCGCAGAGCGCCGAGAGCCCGCUCGCGCGCUACACGGCGCGCACGGGCGGCAGCUCGAGCUACUGGCGCGACCGCGCCCGGGCGGCCGGCGUCGCGCCCCGCGGCGAGGCGCUGCCGCGGGCGCGCUCGGCGCCGUACCUGACCGCCGAGCCCUACCGCGCGGCCGCGCCGAGCCCGCCGCGCCGCGACUACCGGGCCGAGAGCCCGCCUUACCGCGAAGUCACGCCGCGCCGGAGCCCGACGGCGCACCUCGAUGAGCUCGAGCCCGUCGCGCGGCCGCCGCCGCUCGGCAGCCCGGAGCGCCGCCGGCCGACUCCAAUUAUCGCAACGCGCCUGCCCGCGUCGCCGCUGCUCUCUCCAUUAACGGCGUCGCCGGGCGUGCUGCCUCCUACAAAGAGGGGCCCGACGUUCCUCGUCGCGAUCGAGGACUUCCGCGCGACGCGUCCCGGCCAGGUCGACCUCCACCGCGGCGACCGAGUCAUCUGCCUCGACAACACCGAUGCGGUGUGGUGGAGGGGUUCGUGCCGCGGGCGCGUCGGGUUGUUCCCGGCGGACGCGGUGGAGCCGCAGUCCUAG